AGCUGCCGCAGCAGAAAUGGCUACUUCUAGUCAAGAUAUUUCAGAAGAGCUACAAGAGCAUGCAGCAAGAAUUCUGCAGCCAAAGAAAAUAGAAUUUAUGAAGAAAGUGAAAUUAACAACAAAGUGCAAAUCUGAAGAAAAAAUAUUGGCCCUGACAUCGUGGAGAAUAUUUCUGUUCCCUGUUCGACUCCCAGUCAAGGUAGAAAGUUCUUUCAAUUAUUUGGAGAUCAACGCAAUCAAUGCUGUCGACCACACUCAGGUUGUCAUAGAAACUGAGAAAAUUUCGUACCAACUGAAACUCAUGUCCCUUGAAGAUUUGGAGCAGGUGGUUAGUCAUGUCACCACGUCACUCAAAAAAAUAUUUCCAGAUUCAUCACCUGGAAAGCUGCUUAGGAAGAAUUCCCCGGAGUUGCAAGAGAGAAUAAAAAAAAUCACUUUAGCACUGGAAGAACAGACUGACUCCAAUCAGGGGCCAUGUGGUGGCUAUUCGGAGACUUAUGCAGCAUUGUGUGAUUACAAUGGAUUUUCCUUCAAGGAAGAAAUCCAGUGGGAUGUAGAUACUAUCUACCAUAGCCAAAAUACCAAGGAAUUUAAUCUGCUAGAUUUCAGCCACUUGGACACAAGAGAUGUGGCAUUGUGCGUCGCAGCUUUGGCAUUUAACCAGUGGUUUACAAAGCUGUUCUCCAAGGACUUACGGCUGAGCCCUGAUGUGAUAGAGCAGGUGCUGUAUGUGAUCAGUUCGUCUACUAAAUUGGAGGAGCUGGUUUUAGAAAAUGCUGGGCUGAAGUUUGAUGUUGGACAAAAAAUUGCACUCGCUCUAAAAGAGAAUAUCCACCCUGUGCUUCACGCCAUAAAUCUAUCCAACAACCAGCUGGAGGACAGAGGGGUGUCAGCACUCAGUCAGCAGUUUGAAAAACUGCCCAAAGGACUGAAGCAUCUCAACCUCUCCAGAACAUCACUGACUACAAAAGGUCUUAACUCUUUAGCUCAGUCAUUGAUUGCUAAUGAAAUUUGUUCAUCCUCUCUUGUUCACCUGGAUAUCUCUGGAAAUCCUGGGAUAUUAGCUGCUGAAGAUACUUGUACUUUUUAUAAUUUCAUUUCUCAUCCGAAUGCACUGACUUAUCUGGAUCUGGCAGGUACGGAUUGUGCUCUGGAUUCUCUUUUUGGAGCAUUGAAUCGCGGAUGUUGUACACAUCUGAUCUCUCUAAUCCUCGACCGAAAUGUAUUUUCCCACAAGAAAACUCGGGAAAUUCCCCCUUCAUUGAAGCAGUUCUUCAGCAACUGUUUAUCAUUAAAGUACAUCACAAUGUCGGGUAUCAAGCUACCACUGGAAGCAGUAAGAGCCAUUCUUCAGGGCCUGGCCUGUAAUACUCACAUCUGUGACAUACAUCUGGAUCUUAGCAACUGCGAGUUAAGAUCAGCAGGUGCACAAGUGAUCCAGGAUCAUAUUAUUGAUGCGAAUGCCAUCAGUAGCCUGGACUUAUCAGACAACGGGUUUGACUCUGACAUGGUGACGUUGGUCUUGUCUAUUGGAAGGAGCAAAUCAAUCCGACACGUAGCACUUGGCAAGAAUUUCAACAUUAAGUCGAAAGCCUUGGCUGAUGUUCUACACAGGAUUGUCCAACUCAUCCAGGAUGAAGAGUGUCCUCUGCAGUCUUUGUCAGUUGCUGAUUCGCGAUUAAAGUCUGGAACCAAUGUUCUCAUUAAUGCUCUGGGCAGCAACACCUGCUUAAAAAAGAUUGACAUCAGUGGCAAUGCUAUGGGAGACACUGGAGCAAAGAUGUUGGCCAAAGCUUUGCAGAUUAACACAAGUCUUAGAACUGUGAUUUGGGACAGAAACAACACUACAGCUGUGGGAUUCCUGGAUAUUGCAAGUGCUGUGGAGAGGAAUUAUACACUAAGGUCAAUGCCUUUCCCAAUGAGUGAUGUGUCCCAGGCUUACCGCAGUAAUCCAGAAAAAACCGAGGAAGCACUGCAGAAAAUACAAUCGUACGUCUUACGGAACAAUCAGAUUAAGAAAUUUUCGCCAGAGCAGGCCUUUCGAUUGCAAGAGAGAAUUAUAACUAGUUCCACACAGCAGAUGGUGGAUAGUAUGUGUGAAAUGGUGGAAGAAGAUUUGAGCAUCAUUAACAAAGACUCUGUGAAAGAAAAGCCAGAAGAUGUGGUAUUUGCUGAAGAAGUCAUAAAGGAUGCUAAGACAUUAACCACUGUAUUGCCAACCUUGUACCAAGUGGGUAAAACUCCACCUUUACUAAGAACGGUGCAACACAAGCUGGAGUCAGUUGCUGAAGAAGUCUCCGAGGCUGUAGAUGAUGAAAUCCAGACCCUCAUUCAAUCCCUCAUGAAGUCCACCAGCAUGCUCUGUCCUAACGUUCUGCAGAAAGCCAACAUUCAAGAGCAGCUAAUUAACAAAGUAUCCAGUAAAAUCUUCAUUCCCAAGGACUUUAUAAGGAGUGUAAUUGUUGAACAGGCUGGAUUGGAGAUUGUGAACAAACUCAGUGAAGUGAAGCUCAGUGUCACUGCUGGUCUAGUUGAUCAAUUUGUGGACCACAUUCUGAAGGACCUAACCAUUGCUAAACAGAAGCUUGCAUCUUGCGCAUCAAAACCACUAAAUGAAACAUCCUCUUCGGACAAAGCAGGUCCAGAAACCUCGAAAGAUGAAAUUGCAAUUAACGGAACUAUGGAUCUAUUGAGUUCACCCAACAAUGAGUUGGCACCGAUUGAGUGUGUGUCCAUGCUUCGCAGGAAGACAAUACACUCGAGAAGAAUCAGGCCAACCACAGCAUUGAACCGAAUCUCAGAUAUAGAGGCGGAAAAACAACUUGAGGGAACAGAUUUUGAAGCAAUGGAACAACUGUUGGCAGCCAGCAGUCAGCCUGUUAAGUCACGACCGAUUUCCGCUGAUAUGAAUGAUGUAACUAACACACCUACAAAUACAGAGACAGCUUUUACAGAUUCUUUUAUGGAUUUGCCAACUGAAGGGAUGAAACUAAAGCACUGCACCAAAGGCAGGCCAAGACCAAACAGGAUCAGGAAACAUCCACCCUCCAAACCUACUGUACAAUCUGUGAACCAGGAAAAAGGAGAGAAAGUAACCAUCGGCGGAUUAGAUCUAGGACUGGAAGAAUUCUUCACAAAGAAGAUAAUUCAAGAAGAAACCAGUUAUGUGUCUGCUGCUUUGAGUGAUUCACCAUCUCAGAAAGAUCAACCUCAAAAGCUGGAAGACUCAAACACUUCUUCAUCGCUCCCAAAAACAAAAAAGAGAUAUCCCAAGCUCAGUGAUUUGUUUGCUUUCAAGAAAACUCGGCUCAACAGGAUGCAAAAGGUAGAGAAGGAUCCUGAAAGAAACCAACAGAAAGGCAAGAAAAAUUCUUCUGGGGAGAUCCUAAAACCCCAGAAUGAAUCUGAGGAAAUGCAUGAUCAAGCUAAACCAGAAGAGGGCAGUGCAGAACAAACCAAACAGGACAUCAAACUCAGGCACCAGUCAUCUUCCAGAGGUCUCAAAACACAUUCAUUAGUUCUGUUACCUGGAAGUAAGGAUGUUGAGGAAUUGUCUUUGCAGUUCACAAUGAAAGGCAAGGAAUCCAAAACUGAGCUGUUUGAAGGACGUCACUUGCUCAAAUCUGAGCAACAUAUACACCGGACUCUUGAGCGAGCAGGUCCAAAAGUGUUGCACUCUGAACCUAAGACAAAACUGAAUGCAGAAUCAGAAUUAAAAGGAACAGACUGUAAUGAAGGAAUCCCUGGAAAGAACAAACCGCAGCCUCCCCUUCAAUCUUUGAAACUUUCUGCACUAGCCAAUAUGGCUAAAACCUGUAAUGCAGAUGUUGUCUUCAUUCUUUUUUCGGAUAAAGGAGAGAAUUUUGAAGGACAGUUAUCCACAGGAGGCAGGAAUGCAGAUUCUGACCGUAAAGAAGCAGCAAAAAGACAAGAAAUUACAUCAGGAGACCAGAGAAUCCUGUUUCCUCCACCUCGCAGGAAAAAUCUGCAACAAGGAAACAAAGAGCAAAGUGUAAAUCCUGUACCACUUCCAAGGAAAUCUGCAGCAUUGCAAAAAAGUCUAACUCAGGAUGAAGUGACCCGCAGUGAGAAGCGUACAUCAUGGUAUUCAAAAUCAACAAACAAAGGGGCAGAAAAAGAGAACAAUGAAGAAUGUUUACCAUCUGAAGAUACAAACCACAAUUCUUCACAAUCAUCUCUUCAAAUGAGAAUGCUGGCUGCUUCUGAAGAACAGUCAGAUCAGCUGAGCAGCCCAGUGGAACCAGAAAAUAAAUGCGAAACCAACAUAACAGAACCAUUAUCUACAGCUAACUUGAAAGGCACAGAAGAAGCAAAUUUAAUUUUAGAAGAAAAUCUUUCCAACCCAAAUUGAAGAAGACAGCUUAACAGUUGCUGCUGUCUUUCAAGGGGAAACAUACUUAAGCAUAAAUGGACUAGCCUGUGGAGAAGUCUGUCCAGCGUACCUGACUGAAAAUUUUUGGCAAAAAUCAAAACUAGGACAGGAUUUUAAUAGUCAAUCAUUUUUGAUUCGAUUUAUUAAAAUGUAUAAUGAUAGUAGGAAAUAAAAUAUUUUAAGCUGAAUGUACAUAGAUUUGCCCAUGGUAGAGCACUAUGCAUUACAUUUACUGCUUGCUUUUAUAGAUUAAUUAAAUAGUUCAUAAUGCAGCCAAUAACAUUUUGACCUGGAACAGGAAUCCAGGACAAGCUGUGAGAUGCACUACCUCUUCUUUGUGCAACUGAUCAGUUUGUACUUCAAGGUUACCUUGCAGACCAAAGAGAUUAAAAAAUGUACCAAUGAAGGGAGGAGGGGAAACCUAGCCUUUCUCAACAGCACCUUCUCAGAGAAGAUUUAGCAUUGUACCUAACAUUAUAAAAGUCCUUGAAAGAAAAAGUAAAGUGGUUAAUAUUUUUGCUUCACUGUGCUUAUCAACUUUUUCAGGAAUAAGUAAGUUUACCAAAGACCAGUGCACAGAGGAAGGGCCAAUGCCACAGUUCAUCAUCGUCAGAUAAAAAUGGCAGUGGGGAAUCCUUUGGCAUCUAUAAGUAGUACCAAUUCCUCAUUGAACUUAUUUGCAUUAAAUAAAAUUCAGUGACAAAUCAGUGAUGUUUUUAGCCACAAACAAGAAUAAAAUCAACAAAUCCUUGAUAAUUUUGAUCCUCUUGUAUCUAUGAAAUGAUUCUGGAUGGUCUAUAUUACAGCACUUUUGAGAUGCUCCAAUCCAAUAAGGGCAGAUCAGCUUUGAUCAUUUAAGCUUGUCCUACCUCCUCAACUCUGACUCCCUGUCCAAAACCUUCAUGUUUCACCAGUUUUCUCUUCGUGCUUAAUGAGUCAUUAGAUUCAUUCUGCAAGAAUGCACCAUUUUGAAAAAGUGGGGGGUGUAAAAUGAGACAGAGGGGGAAAAAAAGUAGGGCGAAUGAAAUAGCCACACUUUAUGGAAGUUGUAUCACGCUUCUGGCCAAUGAAGUAUGUGAACAACUUAGAUGAAGUACAAUCCAAUUUAAAGUGUUAUUGAAGUGGUGGAGUUAAAUUCUGCCUCAUUUCAUGUUCUAGUUUUUAAUACAUUGUGUUAAAUAAUAUGAAUGCUUGUUAAAUUGAGAUCAAAAUCACAACUAUUACUUCAUUACUAAAUGGUUUACCUUUUCGAGUUUUAGAUGCAUUUGUUGCAAAGGCUUCUUGAAAACUCCAAGAUGUUGUAGAGUUGAUGAACUGAAACCAGUGAUAAUCCAAUAGUCAACUUGGUUCUGCUUUUAGACGGUUUCACAUAUUUUAAUUUUUAUAUUGGAUAAAUAAAGAAACAAAUGAACACCUGGAAUACAUGAUGUAGUGUCUGGUCCAAUGUAAACUU